AUGACCGAUAACAACAGUCUUCAAUUUACUCAAACAAAUACUACUCAACAACCUCAACCAAAUCUUUAUAUACCUUUAAGUACAGUUUUAAGUGCAGUGACAGCGUUACCAUCUCAUGAUCAAAGUCAACAUGGUAAUGUAUCGCAACCUCAAAUGACUUCACCAAUGUACGUUCCUACAUCAAUGCCAACUGAUAAUGAAAAGGUGGAAACUACAAUAAUGAAUGAUAAUCAAACAAAAGAUUGGGAAAAUCAUUUCUUUGGAUGCUUCGAUGUUCCUGAACUUUGUGAUCACGAGAGUUUAAUUGACUCUGGUCAAUUUUUUCAGAGUGAAAACAAAGCCAUGUUGCAGAAAAAGCCUGUAAGUCAAACUUGUAGUUGCUUUUUGUACAGUACUUGUAUUUUUUAUGGUUGUCUCGGAAUGUUUAAUCGUGAACAAAUUCGUAAAACUCUGGGAAUCAAGGGUGGCGCAUGUAGUGAUUGCUUCGCACAUUCUUUUUGUCCUUGUUGUGCCAUGAUUCAAGAAAACCGGGAAUUGAAACAAAUAUAG